AUGAAGUUCAAGCUCCAUCCUCUCGUCUAUGCACGGAAAGGUGAUCCUGUAGAUCAUGACACUGUGAACAACGAUACUUUCCUCGAGCAGGUUUUCAGCUGUAAGCGGAUGCGAUUUAUGGAGAAUUCCACAACGGUUCUUUCUCACAUUAUCAAACACAACGAUGGUGGUGCCGAGAAGAAUACCGCUUGCUAUGACAUAGAUGUUGAAGUUGAAGACCCACUCAAACAACAUAUGGCAGCCUUCGUACAUGCCCAAGCGAACACACAGGACAUAGCUAACCUUGACCAGAAGAUCUACGACGUGGUAGAUCAGAUAAACGAAUGGAAGACUCGUCGAGAUUUCUAUGUACGCUUUGCCGACCAUCCUCACGAGUUCAUCAGGAAAUGGCUGGUAAGCCAAAGCCAAGAUCUCAAGACUAUGACGGAAGCGAGUGGUGAAGGCGAAGCGGAGCGACGAGCAGAUCACUACUAUAGGCCAGAAACGCAAGAGGGUGUUUUCAGGUACAUCUACCAAAAAGUGCAACAGAAGAGGGCCGAACUGGAACAAGGACUUGGUGUCCGAAACAAUUAG